AUGCAGUCGGAUCGAUUCCCCGCCCACUACAACCCGGAACUACCGUUGGUGCUGGCAACGGAUGCCUCGCUGUAUGGAGUUGGUGCAGUGCUUAGCCACAUCUUUCCGGAUGGAUCAGAAAAGCCGAUCCAGUACGCAUCUCAAACACUCAACGAUACCCAGCGGAAAUACAAGCAACUGGAUCGGGAAGCAUAUGCCAUCGUUUUCGGUAUCAGAAAGUUCUAUCAGUACUUGUACGGAAGGAAAUUUGUGUUGUAUACUGACAACGAACCAGUGAAACAAAUCUUUUCCGAAACUAAAGGUUUGCCAACAAUGUCUGCACUGCGAAUGCAACAUUACGCUACGUUCCUACAGUCCUUCAAUUACUCGAUUAAGUUUCGCCCCACAAAGCAGCACUACAAUGCUGAUGGUUUCUCACGACUACCGAUCGAUGUGAAAACACCUGAUAACGUUGUUGAGGAGAGUGAUUUGUUGGAAAUCGGCAUCAUCGGAACACUUCCGCUCACAGUCGAGGAUUUAGCAAAGUCUACAGCUGUCGAUGUUUCGGUAAAAGUGCUACUCCAUGGGUUAAAGAAUGGCAGAGCGGUAGAAGGGAAAGACCGUUUUGGCGUAGAUCAGAAUGAGUUUUCCUUGCAGCAAGGUUGCAUUAUGCGGGGAAUACGAGUGUAUGUGCCUCCUAAUCUGCGUGGUAAAGUCCUUGAAGCGCUACAUUCCUCACAUUUUGGCACUACUCGCCUCAAAUCUCUCGCUAGAGGCUAUGUUUGGUGGGAGAAAAUGGAUAAAGAUAUCGAAAAUCUGGUCCAAAAUUGUGCUGCUUGUCAAUCGACACGACCGAAUCCAGUGAAGGUUGCGGUCCACUGUUGGGAGCAACCUAAACAACCUUUCGAAAGAGUACAUGUGGACUUCGCGGGGCCAUUCAUGGGAAGCUAUUUCAUGGUUCUCGUCGACGCCUACACGAAAUGGCCCGAAGUCAAAAUCAUGCGGGAUAUAACAACGGCAUCUACUAUCACAGCGUGCAGAGAAUAUUUCACGACGUACGGAAUACCCUGUGUACUAGUGAGCGAUCGUGGCGUGCAAUUUACUGCAGGUGAGUUUCAGAAAUUCCUAAACUUAAAUGGUAUUUACCAUAAAAUGGGUGCCCCGUAUCAUCCUGCUACUAAUGGGCAAGCCGAGCGGUUCAUUCAAACGUUCAAAAACAAGAUGAAGGCUCUUAACUGCAAUAAAUCAAGCAUGCACAAGGAAAUUUGCAAUAUUCUUUUGAACUACCGCAAGACAAUUCAUCCCUCGACAGAAAAAUCUCCGUCCAUGCUGUUGUUUAACCGCCAAAUUCGUUCUCGUAUCGAUCUGAUGAUACCGGGACCAAUACAUUCGGACAAAGUAAAUCCUGUCGGUCGAACUAUUCCUGAGGGAGGAACGGUCGCCGCUCGCGACUUUCUGGAUAGUGAAAAGUGGAAGUACGGCUACGUCAUCGAGAAACUUGGCAAACUUCAUUACAACGUGCAACUCGACGACAACAGAAUCUGGAAACGCCACAUAGAUCAGCUUCGAGAAGUAGGGCAAAAUCUUCGUGCAGAACCGCUCCCGAUCAUCAAUCAGCUGCCGUCUUCUACGAUUCCAAGACCAGACGAAACACCAUCGUUGCCGUUGGUAACACCACCGAAUUCGGAAGCUACCGCUCUGUCGAAAAGGUCUACCAUAAAUGUUUCUCGAGAAUCGCCUUCUAUUUUUAAUCAGGAUGAGCAGACAUCGAUUCUAGAAAUGCGGCCAAUCCGACCGGUAGUGGAAACGACGGGGGACAUGGUCAAACCUAGUCCCAUACCUCGCCAUAUGCCCAGAAGAUCAACCAGAGUGUCGAAGCCACCGAGGCGGUUGAACUUAUAA